GAAAUAUGCAUAGAACUAAUUUACUUAAGUAUCCAUGUGUCAAAAAUUGUUGAGUUCGGAAAGUCUAUCGAAAUGUACGGAAAGUUUCGGCUCUUACUGCUUAUGAUAUGUCUUUUGUGGGCGCAGCUAUGUAGGACGCAGGAUCACCUCAAGCUUAAGAAACUAACCUCAGAUCUGGUAAAUGCCAUUGCGGAGGCUAAUUCUGGAAGGAAAUAUGGAGCCGAGUGGGUUCCGUCGCUGGGCCAAGCUCUUGAAGAGGUACAUAUAACAUCAUCCAGACGAUGUUUUUUAUUCGACAUACUGGCCCACAAAGUGAACAAACUCUGCCCGAAGCCUCCGGAAUACUAUCCUCCGCCCUCGUACACCCGACCGAAACCGCCACCGCCACCGCCGAAACCACCACCGCCUCCUCCGUCUCCAUCAGAGGUAACCAGUACAACAGCAUCAUUUCAGCCUCCGGUACACAUAUCGGACGGUCUGGAGUACCCUGAUGGCUCUUAUUUUCCCUGGUGCUAUAUGCCUUACUGCCCAACGAUUUGUCAUCCACCCUACUGUUAUCCCUGCAGAUCGCCACACUGCGAUCCCAAAUGCGUGCCGCCAGAUUGCUAUCCACCAUGCAAAGAACCGGGCUGUAGGCUCCCACCGACCUGCUGGCCACCUUAUUGCCCGAGUCCCUGCACUUCUCCAAAAUGUAUUCCCGGAAACAUAGAAGGCAGGAUGGCAAGCUGCGUGCCACCCUACUGUCCACCGCCCAUGAAUUGCCAGAAGCCCUACUGCCCAAAGAUUUAUAAACCUGUGGCGGCCAGAUCGCUUUUCAAGUUCGGAGCAUGUCCCAUGCGUGACAUAGUCUCCAGAUCCAAGCGGCGGGGAUAAUAGGCCAAACUGAAUAAACCACGAGUGGAUGAAUGAAACCAACGAAAA